AUGGAGUUGCUUUGGGGUUUAGUUUACUGGUGUUUGUUCCAUUCAUAUGGGUUUCAUGUUGCACACAAAGUUGUGGGUGACAUUUUGUUUGUGUUCAGAAUGGCAGCAAACUAUUUGAACAUUAAGAGCCUGCUAGAUCUGACCUGUCAGACAGCAGCAAACUAUUUGAACAUUAAGAGCCUGCUAGAUCUGACCUGUCAGACAGUUGCUGAUAUGUUUAAGGGAAAGACUCCAGAGGAGAUCCGCAAGACCUUUAACAUCGAGAAUGACUUCACUCCAGAGGAAGAAGAGGAGGUUCGUCGGGAGAAUGCUUGGACAUUUGAGUGA